AUGGUGUCCGAUAAUGCUAAUGAUUUGGCUGUGUUGUUGAAUAUUCAAACGUGUUAUCAUCAAGCCGAUAUAUUAGAUAGGGCUGUUGACUUUAAUACUUCAUCAACCGGUUCUAGCUGGUUUGUAAUAACCGGUGUAAUUAUUAGUUUAUUUAUUCAAGUGAUUGUCGCUAUUCAUUCCAUUGUUACGUUCAUUUUCAGGAAUAGAGAUUUUGAGCAUCUUGGACGAAAUAUUAGAUACCUAGGAGACAACUUUGAAAUCUUGAAUGAAAAACAAGUAGAACUUUAUAGUACAGUUUCCUCAUUAAUUGGAACUAUUAAAUCUGAAACCAGAAACCUCCAUGGUAGACUUAAUCGUGGAGGGGACGUUCGAAGGGAAAUUGAAAGUAUUUCUGAAAAUCUUGAAAAAACCACUAUCGACUUUUCUCAAUUGAAAGGUUAUUUCUAUUCAAGCUGUGGUCCUACUGCUGCAAUCUUGCCUCCACUUCCAGCUGAAAACUCAGCAUAUUACAAAAAGCUGCCACAAGGUAGAAAAGCUCACAAUUCCUACAAGAAUAAUGAGAAUUCCAAGACUGAUAAUAAACCAACUGUGCACAAAUCAACAGGUGAAGCCGUUAAUACUCAUUUGAAACUUUCUACUGUAGUAGAUAAUCCUAAGGCGGCUUCUGAUAUUGUUAUUGACUCGACUCAAAAUGAAAAUUCCGAUGCAAACGGAACCGACUUCAGUAAAUCAUUUGAUAUUUCCACCACCGAAGGAAGAGAAAAAUGGAAAAAGUACAUUAGAGAACAAUUGAUCAAGUCAAAGUCAACUCAGUCACCUACUGUUGCUUCUAAUUGUAAUUCUGUUUUAAAGCAGAUCGAUAUUAACCAUCUUCGUGUGGAAAAUGACCCUAAGGUACUUAAUAUAAGAUAUCAAGAUGUUUUAAAGAGAGAUCAAAAUAACAAUAAAUUCAGGCGUAUUUUUAUUCUUGGUAGAGGGUGGGUUUCCUCCAGAAAAUUAGAGCAAGAAGAAUUAAAAUUUGGUCCUUCAAGUUUCAUUAAACUUGAAGACCCUGAAGUUUGA